GAUUGAUCAGGAGUCAUGGCGCAUUAGAAAAGGCCGUCUCCCUGUAAGAAGCCCUCUGCCUGUUGCCAUUUCUCUUUCAGCUAGGUCGCGGCCGCGGAUCUUUGGCAUGGAGUCUUCCGUCCGGCAUACCUGUCUCAAACUGGACCUCCCCGUCGAAGACCCCAAGGUCAAAGACGCCAUCUUUAUAAAGGGCACCUGGUUCCCCUCCCACUUCCACCUUGCCAUCACCGACGGCCUCAACGCUUGGACCUGCCGCGCGUCGGAAGAGGAGGUGAGGCAGAGAGCAGAGCAGUGGGACCAGCCACCGGCAGAGUACGUCGCCCUGGCCGAGCGGUACCUAGGGUUUCGGCAACCGGGUUCGAAAUACGGCUUCGACGAUGCCGGACAUGGGCAGAAAAGACUGUCGUGGACAUUUGAAAAGCAAGGUACCAAGAUGGAGUGGCGUUGGAAGUGCCAACCAUCAUCAAAUAAUAAGCAAACUACAUCUGAAAUCCUUGAUUUUCUUAUGGAUGCAAAUAUACACCUAAGUGAAGAAGUAGUUAGAAAGACCCAGUCCUUAGAGAAACUGAAAGCAGAAGCUGAGAGAUGCUUAUUACAAAGUGAGAAAUUUAACAAUGAGAAAGCUGAAUUUGAAUCUGCAGUCUAUUCAAAGUUUGUUGCUGUCUUGAACUCAAAGAAGGCCAAACUGAGAGAGCUGAGGGAUCGGAUAUCAAAACUGGAAGCCACGGGGAAAUCUUCCAAGGAAGAAGAUGAUUCCACCGAUAAAACAGAGACCUUUGAUGAAGGUAGUGAUGGAGGAAACUGGUGAUGAUAUUUCUUGUACUUCGGAGAACAUUGCCAUUUCUUCAAAGGGCAGAAAGAGGACACGGAAGUAGUUUUAUUCUGCACAACAAUCAAAGCAUGUCAGUUAUCCAUCAUUUUGUACAAAAUUUUACGCAUUCACUCUCUCAUGAGCUUGGUUUUUCAGAGAGUUGUGUUAGAGAUUCUUACCUGGUUAUAGUGGAUUGUUUGGUUCAGGUAGGGUCAGAGUAGGUCGAGUAAAUGCUUUGCUCAGAUUUUGUUUAGAUUAAAGCCAAGGUGGGUCUGAUCGAGGUUUUGU